AUGGUUCCACUUGUUUUUAGGAAAAUGCUACGAGAAGCAGAAAAAAAUAAAAUAAAGCAAGCCCGUAAUCGGAAAUAUAAGACGCUAAUCAAGAAUCAAUUCAAGAAAAUUGAGGUUUAUUUACAAAAACAAAAAGUUGACGAGAACGCAGUUUCGGCUCAGCAAAAAGAAUUAGAAAUUUUGAUUUCAGAAACACAAAAUAUAUUAGACAAGGCCAAAAAUAAAAAAAUAAUCCACCCGAGAAAACGCGACCGCAAAAAAAGACAAUUAUAUAAUAGUCUAAAUAAAUUAAGGACCACAAAAGAAUUUGUGUUAACAAAAGAAAAAGUUCAAAAAGAAGUAAUUACUUACUAUCUCCGGCCACUAGAUAACUCAAUUAUCGUUAAUGACCGCCUAAUUAAAUAUGUUGGCGUUAGUUCUCAUUGUGAUAAACAUUUUGAGCAUGGUAUUACGCGGGAAGGAAUUAUUGAAAUGGUGGAAUUGCUGAAUACUCGUUAUUUUCCUUUCAGUGGCAAGCAAGAAAAAAAUAAAAAUUACUUUAAAGAUUAUCCCGAAAAAGACAAUAAAAGUGUUGGUGAAAAAACCAAAUAUCAAUUUAGCCAAGUAAUUACUCGUUAUUUGGUUAAAAAUAACCUUUCAGAAGCCGAAAUAGCCCAAAAAUUAGGUUUAGAUAAGGACGCGACGGCUAAAUUAUUGCGGGG